AUGGAGACUUCCAAGACAGUGCUGGGAGCUGAGCAUCCUGUCACUCUGGCCAGCAUGGCUAACCUGGCAUCAACCUACCGGAAUCAGGGACGAUGGAAUGAAGCUGAGAAGCUGGGGGUGCAAGUAAUGGAGACUUCCAAGACAGUGCUGGGAGCUGAGCAUCCCGACACUCUGACCAUCAUGGCAAACCUGGCGUACACCUGGAAAUCUCAAAGAAGGCUUCCAGAUGCCAUAGCUUUAAUGGAAGCAUGUUGUCGGCUGCGUAAUAAGGCAUUAGGCCCGGAUCAUCCAGACACCAGAGAUUCCUUUCAUGCUCUUGGUAACUGGCGGGGCCAGCAGAAUUUGUUGCUAAAUGAAAACCUUCCAUCCUCAAACACUCAAAUUGAAGAAUCGGAACGUCUGCAGGAGGUUAUAGCACGGUACACUGCGGCUGCGAUGAUGGCUCAGCCACGCCGGGAAGAGCACAUCGAUCUGCCCCACUCCCAGAGACGAUUAGCGGCAGGAUUCUUUCUCGGAGAUCACCCCCUUAUCAUAACUUCCAGAGCACUUUCACCUGCGCCAGGGAGCCAAGACUUACAUGAAGUUGAUUAA